AUGCUGCAAAAGGCUGUUGUUGUUGUGUCCAUUUUCCUGGUGGUUGGCGCGGCUACGGUACCGCGAUUAGUACUGGACGAUACGUACGUCAACCGAGUGGUCGGUGGAGAAGAAGCGAAGAAUGGAUCCGCACCGUAUCAGGUGUCGCUGCAGGUGUCCGGCUGGGGUCACAGUUGCGGUGGAUCACUACUGAACGAUCGAUGGGUUCUAACGGCUGCUCAUUGUCUGGUCGGGAAGGAACCAGACAACCUGGUGGUGCUUGUCGGUACGAACAGUCUGAAGGAGGGCGGCGAGCUGUUGAAGGUAGAUAAGCUGCUCUACCACAGUCGUUACAAUUUCCCGCGGUUCGCCAACGACGUUGGGCUGGUACGUCUCGAGAAGCCGGUAAAGUUUUCUGAUGUCGUGAAGAGCGUCGAAUACUCGGAAAAGGCUGUUCCCGCCAAUGUUACGGUGCGAUUGACUGGCUGGGGUCGUACUAGUACCACCGGACCAGUACCUACACUUUUGCAAAGCCUGAAUCUUGUCACGCUAUCGAAUGAGGACUGUAAAGUGAAGGGAGGCGAUCCAGGUUAUGCCGAUGUUGGCCACCUUUGCACCUUGACUAAGGCAGGAGAAGGAGCAUGUAAUGGUGACUCCGGUGGUCCACUGGUGUACGAGGGAAAGCUGGUGGGAGUUGUAAACUUCGGUGUUCCAUGUGGACAAGGAUAUCCCGACGGGUUCGCGCGGGUAUCGUACUACCAUGAAUGGGUUCGCACAACUAUGGCCAAUAAUUCAUAA